AAUCCGAAAAUUAUGGCUAAUCCAAGGCAUGUGCGCGGCUCCUGCGAGAGCUUUUGUCCCGACGCAGAGGCAAAAAUGCGCAUUAAAGAGAAAUUGCUGAACUUCUUUGAGUACAAAGAUGGCCAAAAGCAUGUACCCGGCAUCCUGGUCAAGGAGUUCACACGUUCCGCAGCUGAUGCCAAGGUUCCCAGGGCGAAGGACAUGCGCACUGAACGUUGCCUAAUGAAAACUGUUGAAUAUCUGCUCAAAGACAUAUUGACGGAUGAACGCAAACCCUACCAUCUGGCAUAUGAUUUCAUAUUCGAUCGUCUGCGCAUGGUGCGCCGGGAAAUCGUCAUACAACAGUAUGAUGCGCGACAGACUAUCCGGCUGCUGGAGCCGAUGAUAAUGUUUCUGGCUUACAGUCGCUAUCGCCUGUGUGCGGAACCCAUUGAGAAAUUCGAUCCCAAAAUAUGCAAUCAGCAUUUGCAGGAGUGCCUGAAUAUGGUGCUCAGCUGCUAUAACGAACUGGACGACGAGGUGCUAAAGGAUCAGCCCACAAUACGCGAUGCCAAGCGUCGUUGCUUCAUCGAAUCGUUAUAUCAAAUAUUCAACCUGGGUACACCGGAGGCUCUAGUGCGGGGCCUAACGUUGCCCGCCCAGGUGCGAGAGGAUGGGAUCUUCAAGCUGGCUUUCAGCAUAUGCAUGAACUAUCACCAGGGCAAUCUGUAUCGUGUGAUUAAAGGCCUGCCCCAGUUGCCGCACAUCAUAUGCGCUGUGGCAGCCGCAAAGCUACAGACAAUACGACGGCGAAUACUGGAAAUCUUCACGCAUGCCUACAACAACAAACAGCUCACCGUGCCGGCAGCGUACUUGUUGCGUUUGACUUUGGUAGAGCCUCAGGAGCUGUUUGGGCUGUGUCGUCAUUAUAAUAUAGCUCUAACGCCCGAUCGCAAGGCAUUGCACUUUAUUAAGACUGAUUUUAAAAGCAACGCAGAAACAAUAAAAGCGCAACGAGAACCUUUUAUUGAGCAGAAAUUGUCGCGUAUUUAUCUGCCGGAGGUGUUGCUGCUGAAGAAGCUGUGGUUAUAGAUCUCUAUUAGCCGUAUGUACAUUAAAUUACAGAAAUGUAUACAAAUAAGUGUAAUA